AUGCCUGGAGAAUUGGAUCUCUCAACAAUUGACUCUGUGACCUUCCAUUCCCUCCACCAUAUCAAAAACAAGACUGGGCCAGCGGUCGACAUCCAUCAGCAGUACUGGAACCAAACCGCCGGUUCAACGCUAAAGAGAUUCCUGGCCAGUGCCGGGUAUGACGCUCGGAGCCAGUGCCACAUCCUGGAUCAGUUCUCCAACCUUGUCGCACCAUUUCUUGGGUCAUCUCCCGCGCUGGGCGAACCGCAAUGGAAGAGUUUUAUGACCGAUAAUCAUUGUCCGGUAGAACUCAGCUGGGAUUUCCACGUCGCUAACAGUCAGCCCACCAUCAGAUAUUCCAUGGAGCCCAUCGGUCUCAAGGCAGGGACAGCUGCAGACCUAUACAAUAAUGGAGUUGAUGAAGAGUUCGCAAAACGAGCGAUCCGAGCAUUCCCCGGUACCGACACAACACUCUUCAACCACUUUUAUGAUUACUUCAAUGGGCAAUGGACCGCUGAUACGCCAGAAGGCCACCGUAGCACUAUGUUCUGGGCGUUUGACCUGAAAGAGUCGGCUACUACGAAUAAGGCUUACUUCUUUCCUGGCGCCGUAGCCCAUUCGGUGGGAAAAUCAACACUUGACGUCGUAACGGAUGCAAUAUCUUCUGCUCCGGGUUGUCAGCCGAAAAACAUCAGCGCCUUCGCCAGCUUUGCCAGAUUCGUCAACGAACGCCGGUAUCUCAACCUUGAGAUGGACAUGCUGGCAUUGGACUUAGUUCCCAUCGAAAAGUCAAGACUGAAGAUCUACUUUCGAGACAGGCGGACAAAUUUCCGAUCUGUCACAGAGAUGAUGUCACUUGGAGGUAGAAUCCAUGGCGCAGAUUUUGACGUUGGCAUGAGCAAUUUGAGGAAUCUCUGGGACACGUUAUUAGGAACGAGUGGAGUGCCUGAUGAUAUUCCUCUACCACACAACAACCAUCGAACAGCUGGCAUUCUCUAUAACGUCGAGUUGCGCACGAACAGCACGAUACCAAAGGUCAAGAUCUAUAUACCAGUCAGGCACUAUGCGAAAAACGACUCACAGAUACUUGAGGCCUUGAAAGGUUUUCUAGCAGACCAGGCUAGCAAGCUGCCUGAUGUUGCAAUUGAUUUGAAUUGGGCAAAGAGAUAUUCAGACUGCUUGUACGGUAUUUUUGGUGAAGAGAUGCUAUCGAAUGGUCUAGGUGUUCACACCUACAUCGGUUGUUCGAUACAAAGCAAGGGCGACCUCCGUGUAGUGGCUUACGUCAACCCUCAGCAAUAA